CGAGCUCAACAAAGCAAUAGAAAAAGAGGUGAGGGGAUGAUGAAGAGACCACGAGAUCAUCUGGGGGAACCGAUGCUCCCGUCCAAGCGGAAGGCCAGAGUCAACGAAGAGCUGAUUCAGAAAGCGAGAAAGAGGGAAAGAUCGCACUCCUGUUCAUCUCCUCUGCUCUUGUGCCUCACUCGGCAUUCCGAAUUCUCAUGGUAUGAAGAGGACUUGUGGAUCGAAGUGGCCAAGUGCUUGGAUGGUAAAGAUUUGAUCAGACUUGCAGUAACAAACAGGUGGUUCUACCGUCUGAUCAUGGAGGACAGCAUCUGGAAGUAUGCUUGUCUCCGUGAUUUGCAGGUUCUUUCUCCUCAUCACGUGUCCUUCAAAUGGUUUCAGCUCUAUGCCUCUGCUUUCGAUGGCAGUCAUGCCUAUUGCUUUCGUCAGAAAGAGAAACACAUCGAUUGGAUGCGAAUUGGUGCAUUCUUCAUCGAGACGCCUUCGGCCGUGCUCACGGAGAAAUUGGCGCUUCCGAGCAAGCUAAUGGAGCUUGAAGAAGACCAAAAUAGAGCCAUCCAACUCAGCGGUACUUGCAUUCUAACAGAUAUUAGAACUGGAAUAUGGAUUGCCGAUCUGCAGCUCGUUCGCUGCCCGGUUUGCAACCUUAACACCUGCGAAGGGACGAUGCAGAUAUUGGACGUGAGGCACUUAGAGCUGUUUCUCGAAGAGAGCUUCCAAAAUGGAAGCUGGCAGUUCGAAGACAUCGGAUCCCAUCGCAUUGAAAAGCAAUCCAAUUCUGCUUCUGGAGGCGUUUUCGACUACAAACACAUCCAUUCUCCUUGCACUGCAGGUUUGCUUAAUACUUCUGGUUGGUUCGCGGAUCCCGGGGAUUGGCAGCCGAGGGCAAGAAUCUCCACCCAUGCCGUCGCGGUCAACACGAACCUGCAGCCCAACGACGGACUUCAUGUGAGAUUCCAAGCCAUGAGGAGCAAAGGUUCGGAUGGAAAAGUAGUCUCCAUUAGAAUCUCACAGCAGCUCAUUUGAUCGAUUGCUUCACCUAUCAUUCUUACACGAGCUUUUUGAGAAGCGGUCUUUCAUGGCGCGUUAUGCUGUAUCUGGUUUGAAAGAGCUGAUUCUUAUGAGCCAUAGUAGCAGGUAAAUAAGGAGUUAUUAGCAUAUACUGAUAG